UUUCCUUUUCCUCAUCCUUUUUUUUGUUGUUUCGCGUUCCUUUUCCGAGGAAGACACUUCCCUUUUUCGUUUUCCUAUCUUUAAUUUUUUUUUAUAUAUCCUUACUAAAUAGCUGCGAGCCAGAUCUUCCCCUCCCUCAAAAGAAAGAGAGAAUCAACAAAAUUCUCAACAUGAACGGUGAACAAUCGCUCAGUUUAUAUUCAGUCGUGCCUCAUUUGGACUCUCCCGAAGAUCCUUUAGUCGAUUGCAUAUCAUGCACGCCACUGCAUAAUCAUGUUAAACAUAACAAUGACAAUGAACAUCUUCCCCGAAAGUACCCAAUCGAGGAAUAUUUCUCAUCCGCCGUGGCCCCCACACAUAACGAUGAAUACUGGUGGUGGAUGAUCAGUUCAAAUCUUAAUAAAGUCUCCAUCCACAACAAUCGACGCAUGCUUCCACCGACGGCAGACGCAGUUGCAUUUGAGGCGCAGACGCACGUACCACCGUUCAGGAAGGUGGAGCAUGGAGCGGCGACCGCUGGUUUUUACGGCGACGAUAUUGUAAUGACUCCGACUGAACUUCCGUCCGACACAUCUUCACCAUGUCUGUCAUCGUUGCAUCAGCCUCCAAUGACGGCUCAGUUGACUUGGCAACAAAGCAGCACUUCCCUUUCCACCUCGAAAAGGGCAUUCAGCGCCGAUCAUGGUUCCUCGUUUUCAUCGCUGUCAACCAUAGCGUCUUCCUCUCCUUCGACUUCGACGACUAAUACUUCCGUGAUCUAUCCUUUCAGCUCGUCUUCAACAGCUUCGCUGUCAUCUAUCAGCACAAGUCUGUCCGCAAGCACGUCAUCGUUGCCCCAGCGAAAGCGUUCACUAGCUCAUAUCAUUACUCCUAUGGACGUCACGUCCGAAGCGGACCCCGUGUCUUGCGGAUCGUCUCUUUUAUCGCCUACCACCGCUAUUGUGCCCAGCUUCAGUGAACCGAUUCCGACCGCUUCUGCGAUUCAGGACAUGGACACUUGGUCCAGGAGCCUAUCGUCAUCGUUAUUGCAACCUCCCAAGCGAACCAAGUCGUGUUCUCCAUGUCGGGAAGAUCAAACAGAGAAAGCCGACGCCGUGCCUCGAAGGCAAAAAUUGCGCUACGAAGGGGAUAACUAUACUCCGAAGUGGGUCCGGUAUACGGGACAUCGUAAAGAAGGUUACUGCGACAGUUGUGAACCAGGAGGAAAAUGGCUGCAACUGAAAAACAGCGCUUAUUGGUACCACAAACAGUUUUUCCAUGGUAUUUCGUCGGUAUCUGGGAAACCGUUUCUGGAUCCCAUCGACCAACGAGUCGGGCCCCAGCAAGAUACCAUUGAAGGGCUGUGCCAUCAAUGUCGACAGUAUGUUUUGAUAUGCAACGGAAGACGAAAAAAUAAUAAUGUUCUAUGGUACCGUCAUGCUCACAAGGUAAACAAAGAAAAAUGACAAUCGUAUUCAAUUGGUGUAGCCUGACCGGGAACUGACAUGACAUAAAAAUUUUCAUUGUUACAGUGCCAUGUCUAUGAUAAACCCAAAUCGACUAAAUUUCACAAAAAUCAGACCUUCAACGCAUCUAAAGAUUGAUAACCAAGAAAAUAACCACUUACACUCUUGAGUACGCACUUUUCAUCCCAAAACGAAAAAGAGAAAAAAAAAUCCCCAUCAGCAUCCACACGCAUAAAGAAAACGAAGGAGCGAUUCCUGGUUCACUUGAAAGAACAACACCGAACCUUACCCGCUUGUAUAUCCUUGUGUCUCUGUACACGCUUUGUACUCAGAUGUAUGCGUCCCGCAUUGUGUGGGAACAACAGUCUGUCGUGGUUUUUUUUUGGCCUUUUUACUGUUCAUAAAAGUUUACAAUCCGCUAAAAAUAAAAAAAAGCACGCAUUAUCAUCAAGCAUCGAAACUCUAUUGA